AUUAUAUUAUAAAUAAACAUGUCUAAGUCAAAAUCUGCUGAAUGUGUUAAAGUGGUGGUAAGGUGUCGGCCGAUGAAUGAUGCUGAAACAAAAGCCAAGCAUGAGAGAGUGGUUGAGAUGGAUGUAAAUAAAGGAGUAAUAUCAGUAAAUAAUGCUAAUCAUCCUGGAGAUCCCCCAAAAUCAUUCACCUUUGAUUCUGUCUAUGAUUGGAAUUCCAAACAGCGUGACCUGUAUGAUGAAACAUUUCAUGAUUUAGUAGAAUCUGUAUUACAAGGGUUCAAUGGUACUAUUUUUGCUUAUGGACAAACAGGGACUGGCAAAACAUUUACUAUGCAAGGAAUAAAAGAAGAUCCUGUUAUGCGUGGUGUUAUACCUAACUCAUUUGAACAGAUAUUUAGCCAUAUAUCACGGUCACAAAACCAACAAUAUUUAGUCAGAGCUUCAUAUCUUGAAAUUUAUCAGGAAGAUAUAAGAGAUUUACUAUCUAAAGAUCAAUCUAAAAGAUUAGAGUUAAAAGAAAGACCUGAUACUGGUGUCUAUGUCAAGGAUUUAUCAUCAUUUGUGACUAAAAGUGUGAAAGAAAUUGAACAUGUUAUGCAUGUUGGUAAUCAGAACAGAUCUGUAGGGGCAACCAACAUGAAUGAACACAGUUCCAGGUCUCAUGCUAUAUUUAUUGUAACUGUUGAAUGUAGUGAAUUGGGGGCCGACAAUGAGAAUCAUAUUCGUGUUGGUAAAUUAAAUAUGGUAGAUUUAGCUGGUAGUGAAAGACAAGCUAAAACUGGUGCAACUGGUGAAAGAUUAAAGGAAGCUACUAAGAUUAAUCUAUCAUUAUCAGCUCUGGGGAAUGUGAUCUCGGCACUAGUUGAUGGUAAAAGUACUCACAUACCUUACAGAGAUUCCAAGUUAACACGUUUGUUACAAGAUUCAUUAGGAGGUAAUGCUAAGACUGUAAUGGUAGCUAAUAUAGGACCAGCUAGUUAUAACUGUGAUGAAACAUUAACCACUCUCAGGUAUGCUAAUAGAGCUAAAAAUAUCAAGAAUAAACCUAAGAUUAAUGAAGAUCCUAAAGAUGCUUUGUUACGAGAAUUCCAGGACGAAAUUGCCAGAUUAAAGGGUCAGCUUACAUCAAAGGGUGGACCAAAGAAAAAGAAAAGAAGACAACGCAAGAAUAGAAAUGUAGAGGAUGAUGAUGAUGAUGAUGAUGAUUAUGAUGAGAAUGAAGAAGGUAAUGAAGAAGAUGAAGAAGCUUAUAUGGCCGAACAGCAAGCUAAACUAGAAGAUGAAAAAAGAGCCAUAUUAGGAGAUACUACACUUAUUGCAGAGGAAAAAGAGAAAUAUUUAUCAGAAUUAAAAGGAAAAGAAGCCAAAUUAAAUAAAGAAAGAGAAAUGAAAGAGGCUUUAGCUGGUAAAAUUAAGGCAAUGGAGAGUAAGUUAUUAAUGGGUGGUAAGAAUAUAGUUGAUCAUACUAAUGAACAACAGAGAGCUUUAGAACAAAGACGACAAGAAAUAGCUGAACAGAAGAGAGUUGAGAGAGAAAUUAAACAGAAAUUAGAAGAAAAAGAAGAAUCAGCCGUAGAACUACAAGAAACUUAUGCAUCUUUACAACAAGAAGUUGAUAUUAAAACUAAGAAAUUAAAAAAGUUAUUCUCUAAGUUACAAAGUACAAAACAAGAAAUAUCUGAUUUACAAGAAGAACAUGUGAAAGAGAGACAUGAAUUAGAACAAACACAGAUGGAAUUAACUACAGAAUUGAAAUUAAAAAUGUUAAUAAUAGAGAAUUUUAUACCACCAGAAGAAAAAACUAAAGUGUCUAAUAGGGCUGUAUAUGAUGAAGAUGAGGAUACGUGGAAGUUGAAAUUAUUAGCUAAUAAAAGUGCUACUACAAUGAUGACUAGACCUGUAUCAGCAUUAGGUAAUAAAAGACCAGUUACAGAGUUUGCUAAAGUUGCUGCUAGUAUGGGAGGUGAUCCCAGAUUCCUGGGUGAGAAUAUUUUACAAGUGGAGUUAGAUAUGCCCAAUCGUACAACACGAGACUAUGAGGGACCAACAGUAGCACCUAGAGUACAGGCUGCUUUAGAUGCUGCUCUUCAAGAAGAAGAUAAUAUUGAUAUUGAUGGAAGGUAG